UAGCAAAAAAUGCAUUAUCAUUCGGUUAGUUCUAUAUGUGCGUACGUGGGUAUAGCAUUCGCAUCCCAUUCGCCACUAUCAGCUACUUGCCAGUAACCGCAUGAUAAGAAGCACAUAAAUGAAACUAUCGCGAGUGCAGAGUAGAGCCUCAGAUUAAAUUGCAGCCAGUUCAGUGCACUGUAGUACUUUAGCUCCUCAACAACUAGCAAUAUUGUUCAGUUUAUCUUCAACGUUCGGCCGAAGCAUCAUGUUUCACCAGUUCGACGCCGCCACAAAAUCGUGGCUUUCGCGACAUCCCGCACCGGUGAUUGAUCCGGCGGCCAAUCUGGCCCAGCUGAUCCUCACCGUGCUGGAUCGCAAUCCGGAGAAGAUCCUCCAAAUCGAUGCCGACACGGGUCGGGAGCUGACUGCCGCUGAGAUGCGACUCCGUGCGAUACACAUUGCGCAGAAUCUGACUGAGUUGGGAUUUCGCAAAGGCGAUAUGGCUGCGGUGGUUUGUUCGAACAGUGAAAAUCUGGCACCACUGGUGCUGGGGCUGUGGAUGAUCGGAAUGCCGUUCGUAAGUCUCCCGGUGGCGUUCAACGCGGACGAUUUGGGCCACCUGAUGGGACUGGUUCAACCCAAAUUGGUGUUCUGUGACGAUUCGGUGUACAAAACUGUGCUGGAGGGUGCCGGAAAGGCACUGAAGAUAAAACCGGUAGUGUUCGCCGUCGAGAGCGAGAUGGAGAGUAUUAGGAAGGUGGAUGAGCUGUUGGAAAGCACCGGGAAAGAGGCGGAGUUCGUGCCUCAGCACCUUGGCGACAUGCGAGACUUGAUCGGCAUCAUUCUCUGCACUUCUGGCACCACUGGCCAACCGAAAGGUGUUGCCGUAUCGCAAGCGCACAUCUCUAUAGUCCUCGGUAGACCAGUCAAGGCCAACGAUUCGGAUUUGGUGUUCAACUUCAGCCCACUGUAUUGGGGAACGGGGUUGUUUGCGCUGUUGAACUCGCUUUCAACCGGAACGACACGAAUUGUGACGCACGGUACCUUCAACGAAGAUGUGUUCUACGAUGUUCUGGAGCGGUAUCGACCCACUCACUUCUUCACUCCUCCGUCGCACGCCAUAUUCUUGCUGGAUCAUCCACGUGCGGCGCAAGCCGAUUUCAGCUGUUUGAAGAGCUGGAGCCUGAGCGGAAGCAUUGCUUCUCCACAAUUGCGGAGGCGCAUCGAGCAAAAGCUAAGCAAUGGAAGAACAGUGAAUAACUAUGCAUCGUCGGAGAUAGGGUUGAUUGCAAUGGAUUCGAUUCGGAAGAAGGAAGGCAGCGUUGGGUUACUGAUGCCGCACCUGAAUGCGAAGGUGGUCGAUGAAAGCGACGCAUCAGUAGGUCCUGGAGAGCAAGGCGAACUGUUACUAAGAACGUCGAUUCCGUUCAUGGGCUACUACAACGACCCGGAAGCAAACCGACAGUUGAUGACCGAGGACGGAUGGAUUCGCACCGGCGACAUCGGCUACUUGGAUGAGGAAGGGUUCGUCUAUUUGGUUGAUAGGAAGAAGGACGUAAUCAAGUAUCGAGGCUACCAGAUGUCGCCGGUAGAGUUGGAAGCGAUAGUGGAGAAAAUCGAAGGUGUCCAGCAGGUUUGCGUGCUGGGGAUUCCGGAAAUGGACGGGACUUCGGAUUUGCCUGCGGCUGUGAUCGUGAGAAAACCGGGUAGUACGUUGACGGAAGAACAGGUCGUUAGGUUGGUUGAGGAGCAAGUGUCCGAUCAUAAGCGAUUGCGAGGUGGAGUGUUUUUCUUUGAUGCUUUUCCUAUGUCUUCCACGGGGAAGGUAUUGCGGAGGGAACUAAGGAAAUCAUUGAUGUAAGGAUGAUUAUGAAACGUUACAUUAACAUAUUCGUUAAUACAUAUAAGAGAAAAAAAA